AUGAGCUUCGAAGUGGAUCGCUAUUCGUCUGCGUGGGCACAUAUAGCCCUUUGUGCGGAUAUUACUUGGGCAACAGAACCACCUGAUGAUUUUAUCGUAGCCAAUCAGCGCCUUUGGGCACAACAUUGCCGAGUGUCUCAAGUUCUCCAAGAAACGGCUGAUACGCAGUGCGUAUCAAAUAGUUGUGAAUCAGAUAAAAUCGCAAAUCAAGAAAAUGGAAGCUGCUGUGGUCGGCGGAGCGUGAAGGACGUCAUACCAGAAUCUAGAUUGGCGCAAUUUUAUGGAAACUUUUAUUACGACGAUACCAGGGAAAAUUUGUACACGUGUGCAAAUGAGAAAGCCAAUGCACGCGGCUAUAACGGACAAGGAAGAGAAAAUUCAGAUCUUACAGAAUGCUGGAUGUUACCUGAGGUUGAUUAUUGGUUCCGAAAACUAGUCGAGGAUCCGGAUAGGAGCGCGGUCCCUCGCCGCCGACGACAGUACAAGAUGCUCCCGGACGAAGAUUUGUGCUCGUAUGAAUGUGGAAGCAGCAGUAUCGGUUAUCAAAGACAAACUAACGGUCACCGAUCGGCAGCUAGCGAGCGCUGGGGCCCGCCAGACGUGGCGUCGCUGGCGGCGCGCGUGGCGGCAGCCCGGUCUGUGUGGGCGCCCAGCCCUCCGCCCGCUCCCCGCAAGAUGCGCGCGAGACGUCGCCCUCCACGCCGGGUGCCAGCCCCACCGCCGCCUUACUGCCUCGACAAACCUGCGCUAUUCUGCGACCCCUCAUUUAAGUUUCAGUUCGAAUCCCCUCGACCGCCUCAGCUGACGGAAUGUCAGCGGGCGAUGGGUCGUUUGUCUGCGAGUGUUCAAGCCGUAAUGAGAGCCAACGCCUCUCGGUGUCCACCUUACAGAGGGACAAACGUCAGCAGAUACGCGCCGACCGGUCAGAGGCCAUUGCGAUACACGGACAGACGAUAUGGAAUCUGGUGGCCGCGUGAUAACCCUUCGCCGAAACUCAAUCGAAAACUGAACCUGAUAAACGUCCAGAACAACACUCCCAAACUAACAGCGGCAAACACCGAGAGCGAGACCAAAAAAGAAGAUUCGGAAGAAAGUAACGGCAAUCAGACUCCAUUGGAAGAACAGCAGGAAACGGAAACGCAAAAUCAAAAGGAAAAAGUCGUCGAUGAUGAACUGCCGUCUACCAGUGCUGCGGCCAUCGAGACGGGGAUAAGGAAGAAACGACUUUAUAGUACUGUGCUCAGUAUGAGUGCUCCACCACCGAUAAACUUAAACGUAGGAUGUAUAAGACUGACGCAGAAAUUAGGAACUCCAGGUCUGAUUAAACUGAACCCUAAAAUUGUUCUGCCAACGAGAAUCCGAGCCCCGGUUGUUGAUAGCAAAUUCGAAGAACUCGAAAAGGAAGCCUUAGAACAAUACAAAGCGUCCGACGAAAGCAUAGAUACCAAGUUUCGGGAACUCGAGAAGGAGGCGGUUGAACAAUACAGCACCAGCAAUAGUAACACUAGCUGCAGCAGUAGUAACUCCAAUGAGAAGAAACCCAGCGCUGCUCAAGAGAAUGACACAAAAAAUAAAAAGGACACAGCAAAAUUUCAUAAAGAAAACUCCGUCGACAGCGUCGUAAUAUACUCACAGAACUUCCCGGACCUUAACGCGAAAGGGCAAACAAACAGUGAUAUAAAUUUAAAAAACUUAUACAUCCCCCCGAGGGGGGAAAAAAAGGAGCUCACACAUAGAUCGAGCAAGUCGAGGAACGUUAAGAACAUUGAGUGCCAGAGACCAGCAUCAGACACGGAUUAUGAUUCGAGGGAGAACAACGUGAAGGGAAACCAUAAGUCGAUGAGAUGGACCUUACAUGUGAUGCCACCGAAGAAAAGACACUUGUCACUAUGCGUGUCAGACUUCUCAUCUGACGAAGAUAUCGAAGAUACAUCAGGAUCUCUCAAAGAUGCUGGACCAUGUAUAAAAAGUCACGUCACUGGCAAACUGAAAAUGUCGGCUCACGGGGGAGGUGACUUGCGUCCUAUCAUGAGAAAAACUAACUAA